AAAUACGCCUCGGUGCGCGUGCUGCAGCUGAAUUGUCUCGCCGACGCGCUCGCGGCGAACGAUUCCUUCGCGUCGUCCUACUACGCGUUUGAUGGCGAAGAACCGCCGAAGAAUGCAGAGCGUCUGUAUGAUUUGAACUUUGAUAAGCGAGGGAAAGAUUUGAUCAAGACGAUCACGACGGGGGACUCGACGACGUCUCCGGACGUCGUGUGCCUCCAAGAGGUGGAUCAUUACUAUGACUUUUUCGAGCCCGAGUUGAGAAAGCUGGGCUACGCUGGGAUUUACAAGGAAGACCAGUGGUCGCCGUGUCGAAAAUUCGAGGCGCCGUGCGAUGGGGUGGCGAUAUUUUACAAGACGGAUCGAUUGGAAUUGUUGUCGUCGCACGCGCCGGGCGCGCCGCGGGCGAGAAAGGAAGAUCCGGCGCAGGACGCCGGCAAAACGCUCAUGGCGCGGUUCAGAUUGAAGCGAGACCCAAAAACAGAGGGCACGAUUCGAAACACGCUCGGCACGCUCAUCAGGGGCAACGCCAAGCCCGUGUUCUCUGGUGUCGACCUCCAGGAGGUCAUCGUCGUCACGACGCAUCUCGAUUCGUCUAAAAACGUCGACGGCAUAAUCACCAGGCUCGAGCAAACGAAAGAGCUGUGUAGACACCUGAAUGCGUUCGCCACGAAUCUGUGUGCGGACGUGGAUAACGUACAGAUCAUCAUUGCUGGAGACUUAAACGCGACACCGAAUGAGGCGUGUGUCGUGCACCUCAGGGGACGAGGGAUGCGAGACGCAUACAAGGACAUCACCACGGCGUCCGGCGACGAAGACGCGAAUAAGUUUACGACCUGGAAGACGCGAACGGGGUUGUUCAAGACGGGCGAGGUGAAGCACACGAUUGAUUACAUCUUAUACUCGGCUCAUCGCGGGGCCAAGGUCGUUAGCGUCGCCAAGCUCCCGAGCGAAAGCGACAUCCCGAGCGAGACCGGUUUGCCUACGCACGGGUUCCCGAGCGACCACUUGCCGUUACAGGCGCAAAUAGCGCUACCAGCUCGAGCGUCAUCCCCUGCUCCGGCGAAAGAGUAG